GCAGUACUGCAGAUGGGGCCUCACAAGAGCUGAGUAGAAGGGAACAAUCACCUCCCUCUCCCUCCUGUAAGACUGCGAAUUACCAGUGAGAAAAGGACAUUGGAUGGUCUGAAGCAGAGCCGUCGAUUAGAUGUUGAUAUGUAAAGCAACAUGGCAAAAAUCAACACCCAGCACUCCUACCCUGGCAUGCAUGGACUGUCUGUAAGAACUACUGAUGAAGAUAUUGAAAGGAUUGAAAAUGGCUUUAUCAGACCCAUUCGCUUGUGUGAAGAUACAUCUUCCGAACUGCAGAGAGUCAUUUCUAUGGAGGGAAGACAUCUAUCUGGAUCACAAACGAGCCCAUUCACAGGCAGGGGAGCGAUGGCAAGGCUGUCACGAUUUGUCGUAUCUCUGAGGUCAUGGGCCACAAGACAUCUGCAUCACGAAGACCAAAGGCCUGAUUCUUUCCUAGAGCGUAUCCGAGGGCCAGAGUUUGUAGAGGUGUCCAGCAGGCAAAGUAACAUCCGCUCCUUCCUGGGCAUCCGUGAACAGCCCGGGGGAGUAAACAGUCCGUGGCCCUUGGCCAGGUUUAAUGUCAACUUUAGCAACAACACCAAUGAAGACAAAAAGGAAGAAAAGAAAGAGGUUAAAGAGGAAAAGAAGGAGGAAAAGAAGGAGGAAAAGAAAGAGGAAAAGAAAGAUGAUAAAAAAGAUGACAAAAAAGAUGACAAAAAAAAGGAAGAGCAGAAGAAAGAAGUCUUUGUGAUUGAUCCUUCAAGCAAUAUGUACUACAACUGGCUGACCAUAAUUGCAGCACCUGUGUUCUAUAACUGGUGUAUGCUUAUAUGCAGAGCCUGCUUUGAUGAGCUACAAAUCGACCAUAUUAAAUUAUGGCUGUUCCUGGACUAUUGCUCUGAUAUCAUCUAUGUUUUUGACAUGUUUGUCAGAUUCAGGACAGGCUUCCUUGAGCAAGGCUUGCUGGUGAAGGAUGAAAAAAAGUUACGAGAUCAUUAUACCCAAACAACGCAGUUCAAGCUGGACGUGCUGUCUCUUCUGCCGACAGACCUGGCGUAUCUGAAGUUGGGUUUGAACUACCCUGAGCUGCGAUUCAACCGCCUGCUGAGGAUUGCUCGCCUGUUUGAAUUUUUUGACCGCACGGAAACCAGGACAAAUUAUCCAAACAUGUUUCGUAUUGGAAACCUUGUCUUGUACAUUCUUAUCAUCAUCCACUGGAACGCAUGUAUAUACUUUGCAAUUUCAAAGGUAAUUGGCUUCGGAACCGACUCUUGGGUCUACCCCAACGUGUCCAACCCAGAGUAUGGGCGCCUGUCCAGAAAGUACAUUUACAGCCUGUAUUGGUCAACGCUGACACUAACGACCAUUGGGGAAACUCCUCCGCCUGUGAAGGAUGAGGAGUAUUUCUUUGUGGUUGUUGACUUCUUGGUUGGAGUAUUGAUCUUUGCCACCAUCGUUGGUAACGUCGGCUCCAUGAUCUCCAACAUGAAUGCCACCAGGGCAGAGUUCCAGGCCAAAGUUGAUGCCAUUAAACAGUACAUGCAGUUCCGAAAAGUAACAAAGGACAUGGAAACCAAAGUUAUCAAGUGGUUUGAUUACCUGUGGACCAACAAGAAGGCAGUGGAUGAAAGGGAAGUUCUCAAGAGUCUCCCUGAUAAGCUAAGGGCAGAGAUUGCCAUCAAUGUUCACCUGGAGACACUGAAGAAGGUGAGGAUUUUCCAGGACUGUGAAGCUGGGCUGCUCAUCGAGUUGGUACUGAAACUGAAACCAACCGUCUUCAGUCCAGGGGAUUACGUUUGCCGGAAAGGAGAUAUUGGAAGAGAAAUGUACAUUAUCAAGGAAGGGAAACUGGCAGUGGUGGCAGAUGAUGGAAUGACACAAUUUGUGGUUCUAAGUGAUGGCAGCUAUUUUGGAGAGAUAAGCAUUCUUAAUAUCAAAGGUAGCAAAGCUGGCAAUCGAAGAACAGCCAAUAUUAGAAGUAUUGGAUACUCAGACUUGUUCUGUCUGUCUAAAGAUGAUUUAAUGGAAGCCCUCACAGAAUACCCAGAAGCCAAAAAGGCUCUGGAAGAGAAGGGCCGACAAAUUCUGAUGAAAGACAAUUUAAUAGACGAGGAAGCGGCAAAAGCAGGAGCUGACCCAAAAGACUUGGAAGAAAAAAUAGACAGGCUUGAAACAGCCCUGGAUACGCUGCAGACAAGGUUUGCGAGGCUGUUGGCGGAGUACAGCUCUUCUCAACAAAAAGUUAAGCAGAGACUCGCCAGAGUAGAAACCAGAGUGAAAAAAUACGGUAGUGGCACCUUAUCUGUUGGAGAAGCAGAGUCUGAAAAACCUGAGGAGCAGAAAAAGGACUGAUUUAUAUUUCACUGCUUAAUGGAGGAGGUUGGAAUGCGUGAAAGCCAUAAAUGUAUAUAAAUAUGUGUGCGCGUACAUAGCCACGAUUAUUUUUAUAUGGACUUGAGAAUGGUUUUUAGCAUUUUUAACUGAAGCAGAAUUUUCUUGUAAAUAGGGUAAUAUCACCUUCUUCGUAGGGGAGAUUCGGUCCAUCAUUUGGGUACAUUUUUGUACUGGGAGUGGAUUUCUUCUAAGUUAUGCUCAGACCGUCCAGUGCGUGUAUGGCAUGCGUAGGUCUUGACACACUAUUUCUUCACACACACGUUGUGUUAAGGCGGCGUUAUACUCAAAGUAGAGGGAUUAUUUAUGAUUUUUUUUUUAAGCUUUAAAAAAUAUAUUUAUAGGGUACACAGUCUAACCUUUCUAGCCUAUUAAAUGCAUGGAUACACAUCCUGGCUUCUCAGAAGCUUUCUUCUUUCACAGUGAAGCAAUCUGCACAAGCUGUAGGACUAUGGCUAAGAAGGCACCUGGCCUACACAGUGUAGCUCUGUGUACAACCCUCACUUGAGAGGGAAUCCCCAAAGGCUCACUGAUGGAAGAUGUCUGCAUAGCAAUAAAGCUUGACAAAACCUGGGAAGAGCAAAGAGCUGCUCCUGGACACGGGGUUUGCUCUGUGCUGAAGGGACACUGCUAGGAAGCUUUGCUGCCCAGAGAUGCGGUGGAUGCCCCGAACCUGGAGACACUCAAGGUCAGACUGGAUGGGGCUCUGAGCAACCUGAUGUAGCUGUAGGUGUCCUUGUUCAUUGCAGGGGAGUUGGAGUAGAUGGCCUUUAAGGGUCCCUUCCAACUCAAAUGAUUCUGUAAGCUGCUAGGGCUGCAGGACAGGCUGUCCCUGUCUGCCUGCCGACCUUCUCUCCCCACAGGGUUCCUGCAAGCUGGGAACAAACACCCUGUUGCAGUCUUUCCUGCCAUUAGAUCUGUGUUUUCUUUAUUUCAUUAACUAACUAACACAGGUAGAGCCAUCCCAAGUAUUACUUACACCGAACAUGCACUUGCCAAAGCCCCUCCACGCCCCCAAAGACAAGAAUGCUUGUUUACCAGAUGGGUCCAACUGCUCCAGCCAUCAGGGAAAGUGUUUGCUGUUCCCUUUUCCUUUCUCUCUGCUUAUCACAUGCCAGAAAAAGAGCACUCCUGAUAUUAUUGGCUUUGGUCACUUUAAAACCGUGUAGCUUUUGGCACUGUGAAAUCACAUCCUUUGCCAUCUUUCAUCUCUGUAAGACGUUUGUUUCCCCUUAAUGUGGAUACAGCAUGUACAUUAAAUUAUUUUGAGUAGCACCGUGUUUUUUCUCAUCCUUCACCCCCUGGUUUUUUAGUGUUUCGUCACAGACUUCAAUAGCACCAGUAGUACAUAGCCCAGAAGACUCUUGAUCCUUGAGCCCACCUAAGAUCACAAAAGCAAGGAACAUGAAAACUGUUAGGGAACACACAAACACACAGCCUGAAAUGGCAAGCAGCAGUUCAGUGGGCCCAGUACUUACUUCACACUUUAGCACCAGACAGAAUCUGGGGAGGGGCUGGGGACUGUGCCUGGUAGUGUUGCUCAAAGCUGAGACCCAGAGGUUUUAACAACUGCUAUGGGUGCAGAAGGGCCACAAUGAGGGAGCAACAAUGGUAAAGGGUGGUGACAGCAAACCAGCACGUCUGCACACACACAGCCUCACACAGCCAGUGUUUGUGGUCAGCCUGGUUGUGCAGACCUUACUCAGGAAGGCUUAAGGAACAAGCCCUGCACUUAACUCUCUCAGGAGGGAGUGCUGACCACACGAGAGCUGCUCCGUGCCCUUAUGUAUGGACUGGCACCAGGGCAGUGUUUGUGCUUGGCUUCAGAGUCCCCUGGCAAUAUGAACGUUUCCAUCCUGGAACAGACAAAAAGAAUCAGACCCAUGUUUACAUAAUUCAGCAUUCAUAAAACCCUUUGUGUGUUCCUGACAGCAAAAUGAAUUAUUUACUAGAUGGGUCUGGCAACUGUGCAGGCGACUGAAGCCAGGCUUUGGGCUGUGGCAGCUUCCUGGUGGGAAGCCGCCAGUCUGGGAAUCCCCAUUUCCACCCUAAAUUUACAGCAGAGAGAUGAAAGGGGGAUGCUGAGCAGCAGAGCCCUCAGGAAGGCCAGGGAAGCCCCACUGUCUUCCGCUCUGAGGUGGAAGGAAACACACACAUACACACACACCCCAGGGAACACCCUGAAGGUCUACAGCCAGCUUGGCCUUUUGUUCCCCAAAUUCAGAUUUUGCAACCAUUUCCAGCUCAAGUUUACUCACUGGGCUCACCAGCCAAAUGCCGAGGCUUGCAGCAGCCAGCAGCCCUCAGGGCUUUGCUGCAGAGGAGGAGAUUCCACAGCCAUGUCUGCAGCACAAGGAGAGGCAGGGCAGACACUGGGUGCACAAGGAAGCCAGCUCCUGCAGCCCCAUGCACUGAAUGGGGGGCUGUCCUCACCUCCCAGAGCGAGCACAACUGUUACCUUCGCUCCAGAAGCAGCAGCAGCUCUGAGACUUUCUCCAAGUGCUCUACCACCGCACCCACACCAAAACUAUCCUCCCAGGACAUCAUUCAGCUCUGACAUAAAUCUGCCCUGUGUGUACUUCAUGCUUCAGCUUUUUUUGCCUCUUUGGACACAUUCCAUGCUCACAGAAUUGGAAAAGACCUUAAAGAUUAUCGAGUCCAACCACAACCUAACCAUGCUACCCUAACUAACAACCCUCCGCUCAAUCAUGUCCCUGAGCACCACAGCCAAAUGGUUUUUAAACACAUCCAGGGGUGGCGACUCAACCACCUCCCCAGGGACACUAUUCCAGUGCUUAACAAGAAGAGAUGGAGCAGCACUAAAGCAUCUUUUUCUAGUACCACAUACCUCCAGGGCUGAUGAGUUGAACAAACUGUGCUGCAAAGAUCCACUCAUUUCCAGAGAACCAGCUGCCAGUUCCCCUGCAGUUCAGAUUAUUUGUCCAACAAACAUCAAAGAUCCCCACUAUUUUCAUGUGAUGUGUAGAUUUAGGCCAUUUAGAGUGAGUCUUGGGGCUGACUGUUCCAGAGCUCCACGCAAUGGAGGAUAACGGGGACAUCCCUGCAGUUCUAAACCAGGCAGACCAUUGUGCACAUGGCCUGGGUCCUGCUACUGACCUUAGGCUUCAACAUACUUGGUUGCCUCAGUUUAACACUGAGAGGCCCAUCCAUUAUUGUUGGAGCUGUGCACAGGUACAAGCGGUGAAGGCACCAGUCCUGGAGGUGUUCCAAGAAACGUGUAGACGUGGCACUUUAGGGACAUGGUUAGUGGGUAUGGUGGGGUGAGCUGAUGGCUGGACUUGAUCUUAAAGGUCUUCUCCAGCUUUAAUGAUUCUAUGACAGACACAGGAUGAAGGUAGCCAAAGCCACCGUUAGUCUUUAAUCCCCAUACGACAGGGGAUUUCUGCUGUCUGAAGCUCCUACUGCAGUGGUGAAGGAUGCUGUUGGAUGAAGUGUGACUCACGGAGACCCCGGCUCAUGCCAGCCCACUUCAGUGUCAGCUCUUCUCAAGACAUAAGGAGGGAAGGCGCUCUCCUUGGCUGUCCUGGUCCACGCUCACGCUUGUGCCUGCCAAAGGGUAGAUAAGCCCAGUCAGAAAUCCACAACAUGCUAUUCCUUAAUUAAACGAUCUUUACUCAUGCACUGAUGGCUUCUCCUAAAAUCUUUUUAGCAAUCAACAAAAGCUUUCACCCAAAAUGACCACCUUCCCUUAAGAUUCUAGCACUACUAUAGGAGAAACGAUCCUUUCAGUCCUCUUCCAAGCACCUGAGAUAUUUAAGUGACAGCUGAAGUAAACCUAAGCUUGGGACGCUUCUGUAGACCCAGAGUUUUGCUAUACCUUGGCGGUAAGACAGUGAUAAACAUUGAGCAUUGUUGUUCCCAGAGCCCAGCAAAAGAGAACUGAAACAGCAUGUUCUGUACCUUGAUGAGCCCUUCCAGAAGCAGAAGACCGCCUGGAACUCCUGUAGAGCAGGUUGCAACUGCACCGCUUCAAGAGCUAGAGUUACUUAAUCUGGAACUUAACAGCUGCUGCCGGAGGGUCAGCUCAGGUUUAUAACACUGCUAAGGAGAUAAGAGGGCAUUUUGGGAAAGAGGGCAAAUAUUUGCGUGGAAAACUUGUCAGUUGCAAAGUCUUCAUAGCUUACCUGAAAAUGAUUCCUCAGGAAACAACCUACAGCUUUAAAGGCUAACACAAUUACGCGUUAUUUUAAUGCUGAAGAAUGACAGGAAAAGCAUUUUUACAAUAACAGCACUUCAGUGAGAGCUUUAUAUUUCUAAGCAAUUAUGUGACCUGCCCAGCUUUUGGACAUACCUAAAAACCAUAAGAAACCCCAAGAUUCCUACACGUCCAUCAGUUGGGCACAACCACCAUCACAGAAUCACAGAACAGCUUGGGUUGGAAGACACCCCAAGGAUCAUGAAGCUCCAACCCCAAUAACCACAGGGAGGGCAGCUAACCUCCAGAUCUGGCACUACACCAGGCUGCCCAGGGCCCCAUCCAACCUGGCCUCGAAAACCACCAGGGAUGGAGCAUCCACAACCUCUCUGAGCAGCCCAUUCCAGCACCUCAGCACUGUCAUAGGAAAGAACUUCCCCCUGACGUCCAACCUAAACCUUUCUUCCUUGAGCUUAACCAUCUUGAGCUUACCAUCCAUAGCUACACCAGAAUAAAACACAUCACAGAUGUACUUUGAACAGUAUCAGGUUACUGGUGUUAUUUACACCUGCUACAAAACACCUCACAGCACUCAGCAGUCUCUUCUCAUUGCCUACAGCGAAAGAUGCCCUACGUCCAAAUAAAUCCAGGAGCACCAUCAAACCAUCUUGCAUUUUCCUCUUAAAUCUGGCACGUUCAGAGGUGGAAGUGCUGAAGGUGUUCCUUAAGUGCCACCUGAAGGUCCAAGAUGAGAAGGCAAAGAGCAUCCCUCCCUCCCCAGCAAGGCAGACGUGCAUCAGCUGGGACUCAAAAGCGGACUAUUGCUGGGCCCCACACCACUACAAGUUCAUUUCUGGAGAGUUUUUACACAUCUUUAACUCUCAAAUUAUGCUACACUACAAUGUUUUCUAAAGAAAUAAUUUAAUAUCCAGUUUUAUCAAAGUAAGGAAAUCGUUUUCUAUUUCACUGAAACAUGGUGAAAAAAAGGUCACUGUUUUAUUCAGCAUCAUAGUUACACAGCAGUUGUCUGUUUCUAUUACUAGAAAGUGAUUAUUAAAAUAAUCCUGAAAGACAUCUUUUCUUUCUCCAAUGAUUUCAAAACGAUGCCUCUUUUAAUGCCAAUUCCACACAGCCGCUGAUCUGAUCUGCAGUAGUCGGUUAUAGCAAUUGUCAAGGCACAAGCUCAGCUCUGCACGUCAGCUGUAGCUUGCAUUAUAAAAGAGAUAUGCCAGUUAUGUCUUCGCUUAAAAACGCAUUAUCCCUUUGUCAUAUAUUGCAACAGGAGAAAUUAAUGUUAAACACAGACUGCAAAAGGUAAAGGAUUUAUUUCCGAUAUGAUUUGUUGAGUUAAAUUAAAAAACCUACGGCAUGUUUUCUGUAGCAGGUGAAUGUAACCUCAUUGCUUACUUUCUACCAGUUUAUUUAAUGGUCGGAAGUGUACAACGUGAAGUAGGCCUUUAGGUUUCAUAUUUUUCAAUUCUGCUUAUCGUGGUUAACGUACAGCAGCCAUCCCUUUAGAUUACGUUGCAACACUGAUCAUGUGCCUUGAUAAGGAGGAACAACGAUUCAUUAAAUAAAUGGCGAUGACAUAACACGUAGGGAAGACUUUGGAUUGUCUAUUUAAAAGGUCAACAUAAUAGGCAAUUGAGAAUAAAACUUCAUUUUAAGUGCACUUCCACAUGCUUUGUUUAUAAUAUAGCAAAAACUUCCUAUCUUCCCCCCCACCCCGGCCCCAAACACUUCAUCACUCCCUACUCUAAAGCUGUUCAGUUGAAAAUGCACUUUUCCCCAGUAAACUUUUCUUCUUUUUUUUAGAAAAAGUAACUAAAAUCUCUACCCUUUCAUAUGCUA